UUGUGGACGAUUGUACUCGAGGUCUGCCUGUGAAUCGCCAAACGUGAUAGACGUAUGUCUGAGUAGUACAUACACAACGAUCUGCCGGAGGGACUGACGAACUCUCACGAUACCAAUCCACCGAGAUCAUUUGGAGCGGCUGAACGGGUCAUAGUUGCCAGAAUAUCGAGCAAUUUGAUCGUAUCCGAGAACUCUAAACUGCUGGUCGAGAAGAUCGUGUGUACCGUCUUAAACGCCAUGGAAGGUACUUCAGCGAUGACCACUGCCUCAGUUGUCCGGCAAUACCAACAAAUUUCGGGUCCCAUGAUCGGUUUGACUGCUGGGUGUCUGGCUGCUGUCAUUCUCCUCCUGCUGGGCUUCUACCUUCUCCUCAGACGCUACCGCCUAAAGCGAGCUAAGUCUAUGAGUUACGAGCAAAUGGGUGGAGAGUACAACACCAUCACUCACGCGGAGACGGCUUCUCUGGCACCAGUCAGUAUGAAACAAAUUCCGUUCACGGUGCCUUCCACGGGAAUGUCCACGACGGCCCGACGCUCGGACAGCCGCUUUCUGGACGAGACCAGCACUGGCAGCGGCUCGGAGCCCGCAUCCCCAACAGCUCUGAAGAGACCAUCCGUGGAAAUACCAGGUGCCUAUGCUCUCGGAUCCAUCGACCCAAGCUUAUACAAAAUCUGCGAUGAAGACGAUGACUAUGAAGUGCCAGAGGAUCAUAUCGGCCGUGUGUGGUUCGCCGUGGAAUACGAAAGAGAGUCGGAAAAAUUACUCGUAACACUCAUAAAAGCCAAAAAUCUUCCGAACAGAAGUUUUGGGAACGCCAAUAGCUGUGAUCCUUUUGUCAGAAUAUUUUUGAUGCCAGACGAAAGACGAUAUCUCCAGUCCAAGUUUCGUAAAAAGACGUGUAACCCAAAGUUUGAGGAAAGUUACGUAUUUCAGGUCUCUUACAAAUCUAUUCAAGACAGAAUAUUAAAACUGACAGUGUUUGACGUCGACCGCCAUAAACGCCACAACGUCAUCGGUCACGCCUUAUACCCCCUGCGCGAGCAUGAUUGCGAGGUCAACGAGAGAGUUGUGGUCUGGAGAGAUUUGGAGAAGGAAGUCACAGAGACAACAUCGGAUAGAGGUGAGAUUUUAAUCUCGAUUUGUUAUAAUGACCAUAUGGAGCGGUUAACCGUCGGUGUGUUUGAGGGGCGUGGUUUCAAAAAGCCGGAGACCUGUUCUAGUGUCGACAGUUACAUGAAGGUCAGCCUGCUAUUGCAGAAUAAAGUGGUCAAAACAAAGAAAACAGAGGUCAUAAAGAAAACCAGCGACCCAAAUUUUAAUGAGUCGUUCACAUUCAAGCUCCAAGCCGGAAGUUUGGACACUGCCAGUGUUACAGUGAGCGCUCUGCAGCACAUCAGCGGACAUAAGGAUAAACUGAUUGGAAGAGUGGUUUUGGGCUCGUUCAUGUUUGCAAGAGGGAAGGAGCUGGAACACUGGAAUGAGAUGGUGGCCAAUCAGAAAGAGCAGAUAACCCAGUGGCACGUGCUCACCUGAUCGCCUGUGGUCAUAACAUGACAAUAACAACAACAAAACACUUGCAACAUCGGCAAGGAUCUGGAGAGGCCGCGUUGAUAAUCGUUGUGUGAGACACCUCUGGUUAAGUGAAUGUGUGAUUUGUGAAGGGACUACACCAUUUUCUGCGUCUCUCCCCCUUCCAUACAGGAUGUUUCUGAAAAAAAAAACAUCGGGACAAUUUGGACCAUUUGUUAGAGGCAGAAUCUCAGUAGGAAUGCAUCUUACGAUACCUUUAAGGACAAUUCAAGUCAGACGUCAGAUUUGAAGAUUUGCUCCAGUGAGGUCCAUCCCCGUCUCCCCACUUGACAAAGACAGCAUGUGUAUCCAUAUGUAUGUCCACAAUGUACAAAUAGACCGUAGCUGUCAAUUGUAAUUCUUUCUGUUUCACUGUGUAUCGUAUGACAAUAUACCUUGUGUUGUGUAUUGUCUAAUAUUUUAACCUGCACAGUAUUUUGAUUGUCUGAAAGUUCCACGGCGCCCAAAUAACGUCUAUUGUGUAUAUUUAUUUAUGGCGUCCAUGAUGAAUUUUGUCGGAGAAACUGACACAGUCUAUAUGUCAACAUGGCAUCAGGUGUAACAAGAGCUUGUUAUGAAUCAGCACUCCCCUGGUAAAAGAUGUGCUUUUUUAACACGAUACCACACAGAACUCUGGUAGUUUGGGGUCAAAGAGUAGCUUUAAGUGGUAACCUAUAAGGACCUCUGGUUCGCGUAACCAAUCAAAAAUCCGCCAGGAGCUCACGUUGUAGUUUGGUCCAUUACUUUGUGUCAUUUGUCCUGUCCUAGCUCAUUGUUACUGCAAUGAAACUUUGUCAAAAUACAUUACUCAAACAGAGAUCCCAUUUUGACCAAUCAGAACGCUAAGAAGCAGUUUAAAUAUUUUUGUGUAGUUGACCUUCGAGUACUUCCGAAAUUUACUUAAUCGGUUAUAAAUACACGUAGUACUACAACUUACUCGUAUGACAUCGGCCAUGUUUACGCCUAAAAAAAUAGUCCUUCAAUAGGUUGCCUGUAAUCUGGGUAAAAAUUAAUAGUUAUGAAAAGUGUCUUGAAAUGCAGGUUCACAUAGAUUAUCUCCAUACAAAAUUUUGACGAUGUGCUUGAAGGUUAUACCGGGAUUGAGACUGACUUAUCUUCAGCUUGAUCAAUCGUAGGCUAGUCUACAUCCGAACCACUCCGACAGAAUCAACGGAAAUACAUGUCAAAACUAGAUAAAUCAGGCUACUUGUAUGAAGAUGAUGGCUUUAUUUUCAUGUAUACUGUUUAUCCACUGAUAAUUGUCAGCAUUAUAAUUGAUAUUCCAUCUACCUAGGCCUGGGCUGAAGCACUCGAUGUGUUUUAGCAGUAUAUAAUGGCAUUACGAGAAGAUAAAAAUGGGGAAACAAGUGUACACAUGUACCUGUGGAACCUUCUGAGCGAAAGUCGCAUCCGGAACGAGGACCUGACUUCUGUGAUUACAUGUAGUUACCACAAAAGCGUGGCAUUAGAUGAACAAGCCACGAGAAGAUUUCACUAACACCGUACUGGUUAACCAAAAAAAAAAAAAAAAUGUCAUUUCACCAAAAAUUGUCUUUCUUCACCUUAGUAGACUAAGUUGAUCGUAACUAUCAUGAUAACAUAUACGUAUAGCAAGUAUUGCGAGAGUAAUUAUAAUCUACUCGCUUAAGGUUGAUUUGUUUGAAGAAAGCCCAGUUCAGUAUAUGACUACUGAGGUCUUUUCUGGCUGGGUCUCAGCGAACUUCAACAGAUCUGCAUACUACUAAUCACUCCACAGGGAAACUUUGUUAUUUUGAAUUCUUGGAUAAUAAAUGUUUGAUAAACCAAUAAAUGAAUGCUUGUAUAAUAUGUAAAAAGUGUCAGAUGUUAGUGUAUUAUUGUCUGUUCAUGAUGA